AUGCAUUUUGCGUGUUUACCGCUCCUAGCAGGACUGGUAGUUGCCCAGAGCAGCUCUGUCUUUGCUCAAGGAGAGACAAAAAUCCAUGAAGAAGGUCGAUGCGCCAUGCGUGGCCAUUGCGGAAAACUAUCGUUUUUCGGUGGACAACUGCCGUGUCCCGACAAUGGACUUGCGAAAGCACCAACAGCAGAUACGCGGAAGAAGCUGGUAUCGUUAUGUGGAGAUAAAUGGAAGACGGGGAAUGUUUGCUGUGAGGAUCCUCAGAUUGAUGCUUUAUCCUCGCACUUAAAGAUUGCUGAAGGCAUAAUUGCGUCAUGUCCAGCUUGUAAAGAGAACUUUUUCAACCUCUUCUGCUCCUUUACAUGCUCCCCCGACCAGUCGCUUUUCAUCAACGUCACGCAAACAGAUACCGUCAAAGACAAAAAAGUAGUGACCGAAUUGGAUAAUCUGUGGUCCGAAGUGUACCAAGUGGGCUUUUACGAUAGCUGUAAGGACGUCAAGAACGGUGCUUCUGGCGGCAGGGCGAUGGAUUUCAUCGGCGGAGGAGCUAGGAAUUUUACCCAGUUCUUGAAAUUUUUGGGCGACAAGAAGCUUCUAGGAAGCCCGUUUCAAAUCAAUUUUAUGACCCAACCUAAGGGACCCAUGGAUGCUGGUAUGCGGCCCCUGCCGACGACUCCAAAAUCAUGCAGUGAUGCAGACCAGAAGUAUCGUUGUUCCUGCAUUGAUUGUCCCGCUGUUUGCCCCCAAUUGCCUGCGUUACCAGAGGAAAGCUACUGCCAUGUUAGGCACCUACCUUGCUUAUCCUUCUCUGUCAUAAUCGUCUAUUCGGUUUUUCUAUUGCUCAUGGUCGCCGUCACGCUCGUUCAUGUAGUUUUCCGGAAACGUCAACAGCGCAAGUUGGAACGGGCUAGGCUCCUCCAAGAUACCAGCCCAAGCGAUGAUGAGGACGAAGGAGAUCUCAUUGACGAUGCCGGAUUACUUGACCGCCCCCAAGUGAGCUAUAAGCUGAACUCGGUUUUCGAUGCGGCGUUCAGCCGUCUGGGUGGCGUGUGUGCUCGAUUUCCGGCAUUAACCAUAACGACAAGUAUUAUUAUAUGUGGGUUGCUGAGUCUGGGUUGGCUACGAUUCACUGUCGAAAGGGACCCUGUCAAGCUCUGGGUGAGCCCCACCUCGGCCGCUGCUCAAGAAAAAGCUUUCUUCGAUGAGAAUUUCGGACCGUUCUAUAGAGCGGAGCAAGCGUUCCUUAUUAACGACACUCACCCGGAUGGACCAGGCCCUGUAUUAAGCUACGAAACGCUCAGUUGGUGGUUUGAUGUUGAGAAUCGAGUGCGUCGCAUGAUUUCCCUAGAAAAGGGCCUUGCUCUGGAGGAUGUGUGCUUUAAACCCACCGGACGUGCUUGUGUUGUUCAGUCAUUAACUGGAUACUUCGGAGGGUCUUUCUCCAAUGUCGACCCUAAUAAUUGGAAAUCUCAUUUGAAAUACUGCGCCCAGUCUCCUGGAUCCAUUGAAUGUCUCCCCGACUUCCAACAACCCCUGAAGCCGGAAAUGAUACUUGGGGGUUAUGGACAGACUAAGAAUGUGUUGGAUGCCACUGCGCUUGUUGUUACAUGGGUAGUCAAUAACCAUGCCCCGGGCAGCGAAAAUGAAGCUGGGGCAGUAGAUUGGGAGGAUAGUUUGAAAAGAGUGCUCGAAGUCGUGCAAGAGGAAGCAGGUGAACAUGGUCUACGAGUUUCUUUCAAUACGGAAAUCAGCCUUGAACAGGAACUGAAUAAAUCUACAAACACUGAUGCGAAAAUAGUUGUUAUUAGCUAUGUCAUUAUGUUUAUUUACGCUUCUUUGGCCCUUGGUUCGACAACCCUGACGUGGAAAAGUAUCUUCAGCAACCCAGCCAACAGUCUUGUGCAGUCGAAAUUUACACUCGGUAUCGUUGGCAUCCUAAUCGUCCUGAUGUCUGUCUCCGCUUCCGUUGGCCUUUUCUCAGCAGCUGGUAUCAAGGUGACGUUAAUCAUUGCCGAGGUGAUCCCGUUCCUCGUUCUCGCAAUUGGCGUCGACAAUAUUUUCCUCAUCGUUCACGAAUUUGAAAGGGUGAACCUGAGCCACCAAGAAGAAGAAAUUGAUGGGCGCAUUGCCCGAGCCUUGGGCAGGAUGGGUCCUAGUAUACUUCUCUCUGCAGCAACAGAAACAAUUGCAUUUGCGAUGGGAGCCUUCGUGGGGAUGCCUGCUGUGAAGAAUUUCGCAGCUUAUGCAGCCGGCGCUGUCCUCAUCAACGCGAUAUUACAGGUCACAAUGUUCGUAUCCGUGCUGGCCUUGAAUCAGAGACGGGUUGAGAGUCUCCGUGCCGAUUGCUUUCCCUGUCUAACUGUGCGAAAAGCAAAUUCGUCAGGAAUCCCUAGCGGUCAGUCGUAUGACCAUGCGGAGGAAGGUAUCCUGCAACGCUUCAUCCGAAAAACAUAUGCUUCUCGCCUUCUUAAAAAUCACACGAAAGUUUUAGUCAUGGUUGUUUUUCUUGGAAUAUUCACUGCUGGUCUUGCUCUCCUUCCAACUGUCGCCUUGGGCCUGGAUCAACGUAUCGCCAUCCCCAACGAUUCAUAUCUUAUCGAUUUCUUUAAUGAUCUGUAUGCUUACUUUGGGAGCGGACCUCCUGUCUACUUCGUGACACGGGAUGUCAAUGUUACAGCGAGACAUCACCAGCAGCAGCUCUGUGGAAGGUUCUCGACAUGCGACGAAUUUUCGUUAGGUUUCGUUCUUGAGCAAGAAUCCAAGCGUCCCAAUAUUUCCUAUAUCUCGGGCUCGACUGCUAGUUGGAUUGACGACUUCUUCUACUGGCUGAAUCCUCAACAAAACUGCUGCAAAGAGAAUGGCAAGACAUGCUUUGAUGAGAGGAAUCCGCCAUGGAAUAUCUCCCUUCACGGAAUGCCUGAGGGAUUCGAGUUUAUUCACUAUGCAGAAAAAUGGGUAAAGUCACCCACAGACGAAUCCUGCCCCCUAGGCGGCUUAGCACCUUACUCCAAUGCCCUGGUUCUUGAUUCAAAAUCUAUAACAACAAACGCAAGCCAUUUCCGCACGAGUCACACUCCGCUUCGCAGCCAGAAAGAUUUUAUCAAUGCCUAUGCCUCUGCACGUCGGAUUGCAAACGACAUUUCGGAAACGCAUAAAAUCGAUGUCUUCCCUUAUUCCAAAUUCUACAUAUUUUUUGACCAAUACGCAUCCAUCGUUCGCCUUACGGGAACGCUUCUUGGAUCCGCAAUCGCCAUCAUCUUCGUUGUCACUUCAAUUCUCUUGGGCUCUAUAGCAACUGGAGCAGUCGUGACUGCAACAGUUAUCAUGACGGUUGUCGAUAUCAUCGGAACCAUGGCUGUUGCCAACGUUUCUCUGAACGCCGUGUCGCUGGUCAACCUGAUUAUCUGCGUUGGAAUUGGGUUCGAAUUCUGUGCACAUGUUGCGCGUGCGUUCAUGUUUCCUUCCAGUCCACUCCUGGAACAGGCUCGGGGUAAAUUCCGCCAUCGGACAGCACGGGCAUGGGCGGCGUUGGUGAAUGUUGGCGGCAGCGUCUUCACCGGUAUCACAGUUACUAAACUUCUAGGCGUGUGUGUCCUUGCAUUUACGAGAAGCAAAAUAUUUGAAAUCUACUAUUUUAGAAUAUGGCUGGCGCUGGUAAUAUUUGCUGCCUCUCAUGCGUUGAUAUUCUUGCCGGUAGCUUUGAGCUUCUUUGGAGGUGACGGAUAUUCCGAUCCCCAAACUGACGGGGGCCUGGAGGAUGAUCUUGCUUCCAGAAGGUACCGAUCAUUACUGCCGGACGACGACUACGAUUCUGAGGACGACUCGUGA